AUGCUUGAAGCACAAGAGGCUUGGCUCACUGAACCAAAGAAACGACCAGUCAACGGCGUGAAGAAUGAGUUGAAAGCACACUGGCUUCUCGUGUUCGAUGGCGUUGAAAAUCCCAGUGACCUCGACGAAUUCAACCCAGUUUUUGGCAGCGGUGCCAUUCUGAUAACCACGCAGGAUCAAGAAUUUGCAGCAAGCCUACCUUGCAGCAGUGACGAUGUUUUGUCCAUUCGACUUGAUUUCUUCCCACUUCGGCUAACAGGCGAUCACGAAGCAGCUUCUCGAUUACUAGAAAAAGGCCUCCUCGACCGCGAAGAAGCAUUUGGCCGCGAAGACAAAGAGUCCUUCCGAACCGGUCGCUUUUACCACGUUUUAGGAAACGUCCGGUACGAUCAAGACAGGAUCGGCGAGAGUAAAAUCUAUCAUCGACGCGCACUCAAACAAUAUAUCGACACUCUCGGCCAAACGCAUCACCGCACCGCCGACCUACGCCACAAAGUCGCGCAGCAUUGCAUGCCACUUCGAAGCUGGAAUCUCGAUGUGGGAUCUUUUCAGCAUGAGAUUGCCCGGACGACUUGGCUGAGUGCUUUGCAUAAAGGCAAGGAGGGCAAUCCGGAGGAGAAGAAGGCUUUGCUUAAGACUGCGGCGGAUAUGUAUAAUAAGUUACGACCGGAGAAUCAGAAGUGUGUGGCUGAGUUGGAAGAGAGGGAUUUUGAUGAUCUUGUUGCGUUUUGGUCGCGAGGCGAGGCUGCUCAGCUGCAUGUGAACGAAGUUACGGCCGGUUUGCAUAUGCCAACGUGGGAUGACACUGCAUCCUCCCCGAAUGGCUUGGCGUUGGACACCCAUUUCGACGGCAUUCAGCUGAAAGUCACUUCAUGUAUUUGUAUGUCUGUAUGA